CUUCUCUCUCAGUCUCAGUCUCAGUCUCAGUCGCCACACACAUCCACUUCGGUCGCGUAAACGAAAAUGGGUAAGAAGAAGAAUAGAAGAGUGGGGAAGAAGAAUAGAAGAGUGAGGAAGAAGAAUUUUUUUUUGAAAUGCAAAUGAAUUUAUUAAGCACAAAAUUAUGUACAAGAAGUACAUAAUAGGCAAGAAGCAAUACAACAAGAGGAUUACCCUCAAACACACCAAAACGCUAGGCAAAAAGCCCCACAAACAGCAGAAAGAAGCAGAACAGCACAGUCCCACACAAAAUGGAGAAGAAACAAAAAAAACAAAACAAAGGCACAUCAGCACGACCCCAAAGAACAACACACAAAGAGCCAAAGUUAACGCACCACCACACUCCCAGCCCCGCAGCCGAACCUCAUCUAAUCAUGCAAUCCCCUGGAUUCCAAAGCCACUCAUAAAGAAGACACGGGCUUUUAGCUACUUUACUCAUAAACCAUUGCCACGAAAGACGUUGGAUAUACUCCACCACUUCUUCCUCAAUCGCCACUAUGUUAUUAAACACACAAUCAUUUCUAAUCUUCGAGUGAGGAAGAAGAAUAAUACAAGAGGUAAAAAAAAUCCAACACCAUCCAAAGACCACGGAGUUGAUCAUGAUGACCGACGUGGCUAUGGAGAGUCCUUAAAGCCACCAAUACCAGACAGUGAAAUGAAAUUGGACAGAAAGGGCUUAUGGGAAGAUCUAAACUCCGACCAGUAUACAACAGAAGAAGAUAGCGAAGGAACCAAUGACAUUCGUUCCUCUUUUUCUAGCAAAUUUGUUCAACCAACAAACGAAGAUCUAACCAUGGCAUCAUCUGAAAUAUCUGAACUUUGGGCAUCAGACCCUCGUUAUUAUAAAAUUAUUAUAAAUGUUUUGAAGAGAUGUCCUGUCUUGGUGGUGGUGCCAGCGGUCAGGUUUCACUAUGCCAAAAUAAACUCGAUAAAGGAAUGUAUGCGAUAAAGAAAAUUCCCCUUAAGGACAAAAGCAAGUUUGAAAAAAUCUUAAGGGAGGUUACUACACUUGCUUCUUUAAAACAUCGACACGUUGUUCGGUAUUAUCAGGCAUGGCUCGAAACCGGAUUCCAAGAUCAUGAUGAUGGUUCUAGUAGGGAUACAUGGACUAGAACCUCCAGUAGUGCUAUUGGAAGUGAGAAUCGUCUCGAGUCAACAUAUCUUUUUAUACAAAUGGAGAAAUGCGCCAAGACUCUUAAGAAGGAGCUUAAGAAGGAGCGUAAGGUUGAUAAUGUUCAGAAAUGGAUUUGGUUUCAACAAAUUUUAGAAGCUUUGGAGCACAUACACGGGGAAGAAAUAAUUCAUCUUGAUUUGAAACCGAAUAACAUAUUCCUAGAUGAUGCAGAUGAAAUCAAAGUCGGGGACUUUGGUCUUGCCGAGUUCUUGGAGUCAGAUUCAGCCCAUCCUGCUGAAACAACUGAAGUUUCCAGUGAUGACACUCAAGAAAAGAAACAAUCUGUGAAAUGGUUAUAUACAGCUCCUGAGAUUGAUAAUGGAUGGGCGAAAAUUGAUUGCAAGGCUGACAUGUACUGCUUGGGAUUGAUUUUAUUUGACCUUUUUCAUCCUCCAUUUCAGACAGAAAUGGAGUGGUUCAAUACUUUACUCAGUCUGAAAAAAGAAGGGAAACCUCCAACUGACUGGGCUGCAGAGUUUCCAGAACAAGCAUCCUUAUUGCAGAAGUUAAUUUCGCCAGAUCCCUCAAAACGGUUAUCUGCCACGGCACUUCUGCAGGAUGUAUCAUUGUUUCCUCCACAAGAGGAGUCUAAAUUGUUGGACGGUAAGUUUCUAGGACCUUUAUUGUUAAUUCUGCUACUUAUUGUUAUCCACCAAACGAAUUCAUCAUCUUAUCUAUUAAGCGGGGUCAAUUACAUGAAAUAUGUAUUAUCAGUUCUUUCAGAUAUCCUGCGGGCAAUGCAUGAUCCAGUGAAUAGAAGCAUUUACAAUCAAAUUGUAAUGGCUAUCUUUGACGAAGAGAUGCUAAGAAAGCAGCACAAUCAUGUUGAUGAAUUGAGAUUAAUUGGAGUUAACAGUUCAUCGAUGCAGAUCCGAGAUUGUGUUAUGGAUGUCAACAAAACAAUUUUCAUGAAAUAUCAUGCUAAACAUCUGGAAACAUCUCCAAUGCGAUUAGUGAAUGAUUCAUCUCAAUUUGACAGAAGUUUCGUGGCAGAUGGCCGUUUUGAGGGAUCUGGCGAAAUUAACUUCUGCAAUAAGGAUGCUUGUUCUGGAAACUCUGCAGCCCAGUCAGUUGGAGGUUUCCCUUCUUUUUUCAGACUGAGUAAAACAUCUUUAUUCAGAAGAUAUGAGGUGUCAUAUGUUUACAAAAGAGCAGUUGGGCAUUCAUCACCAAACCGCUACCUUCAGGGAGAUUUUGAUAUUGUCACCUCGUUUACUUCAGCAUCGGCAGAGGCAGAGGUCGUAAAGGUCACGAAGGACAUAGUGACUUCUUUUUUCGAUGAAGAUACAUGUGACAUUAUUUUAAAUCAUGCGGGACUGUUUCCUGCAAUUUGGUCAUGGACUGGAAUUAAGGUAGAAGACAGACCUAAAGUAGCAGAGCUUCUUUCAAUGAUGGGUUCUUUGAAUCCUUACUCCUCAGAAAGGACACUGAUGUGGCAAAAGAUUAAGAGGCAACUUUUGCAGGAACUGGGUUUAGUUGAACCUAUGGUAAACAACUUGGAGAAGUUGAAUUUAUCAUGUGGAUCUCCAGUUUUUGCACUUCACCAACUAAGGGAAAUUCUACCACAUGAUGAGGUUACCUCCAAGGCACUUGAUGAAUUGUCUAAGCUUGUGGAUCGAAUUUCAUGGACGGAAAAUAAUGUUCAUAUAGAUCCAUUAAUGCCAACAACGGAAAGUUAUCAUAGCGGUUGGUUUUUUCAGGUAUACUUAAAGAAGGAUAUUGAAGGUGACUUGCUAGCUGUUGGUGGUCAAUAUGACGAUUUGCUCCGUCAGUUGCGGAGUAGGGAGGAAUAUGAAGAAAAUCCUCCUGUUGGUGUGGGGACUAGCCUGAAAUUAGAGACAGUAAUUCAGAAUUACUCCAGAUGGACAGUGCUGAGGAGGGUGAGCUUGUGAGUGCAAUAGCUUCUUUUUCUUCAGAGGAAUAUCAAAAUCUUGCUGACUUGCUUGUUGAAACGACUUCACUACUAAUUCUCAUCUGGGAUUGGUGAAGAUUUUUGGGAUAUUUUUGCUUCUUUGUGUAUAAUUUCGUCAUUUCUUAUUUCUUGGUCAAAUAAUUUCAUUUCUAGGAAUUUUUGCA